ACCUCUUCAGACCCACCUCCCAAAUUGAGCUCUUGUUCUUAUCUUGAUUCCCAAAAAGGCUAAUAAUUCUUUUGUUCCUUUCUUUCAACCAUGACUAGCACAUUAGAAGGUCAAUCUCCACCAUCCCCCAAGGCCAAAGAAUCAGAUUCUCAGCAACCAUAUUCUUUGCCUAAAUCUUCAGGCGAGGACACUAAGAAAUGGGGAACACACGUGAUGGGGCCACCAGCAGUGCCCACUGUACACCCAGACAACCAGAAGGCAGCCAUGUGGAAGGGUGAUCACCAGCAGAUCUACCACCAGCCAUACCUUCAGUUCGCCCCUGUUGAGAAGCCCAGAAACAACCCUUUUGAGCCUGUCAUUCAUACCUUCAAUUCAUGGAGCAGAAAGGCUGAGAUCAUUGCCAGAAACAUCUGGCACAACUUGAAAAUGGGGCACUCAGUGUCAGAAGCUGCAUGCGGAAAGGUGAAUUUGAGGGCAAAGGCCAUGACAAGGGGUGGAUUUGAGUCUCUCUACAAGCAGACUUUCGCAACAGAUCCCAACGAGAGGUUGAAGAAGACCUUCGCCUGUUACCUCUCCACCUCCACCGGCCACGUUGCCGGCACCCUCUAUCUCUCAACCGCCCGUCUGGCUUUCUGCAGUGACCGUCCCUUGUCCUUCACUGCCCCAUCUGGGCAGGGGGCUUGGAGCUACUACAAGGUUGUGAUACCUUUGGGGAACAUAGGCACCGUCAACCCGGUGACUAUGCGAGAAAAUCCAUCGGAAAAGUACAUCCAGAUUCUCACCAUUGAUGGCCAUGACUUCUGGUUCACGGGGUUCGUCAAUUUUGAGAAGGCGACCCAACAUCUCUUGAGCAUUGUCUCAGAGCUCAGAGCCCAUGCAUGAAAAUAGAAUAAAGCCAGGAGCUGGUGGAUCAUCUUCCUAGAAGUUACUGGUGUUAUCUUCUGAUCUGAUCUUUAUGAGUUUGUUCGAUUCCAGUUAAGAGUAUUGCGACCUGGUUUGCUUGUUCUUCAUCUUGUAAUAUAAUAUGAUACCUACCAUAUCUUUCUGCUUUCUUUUUGUA